AUGCGCUGCUUCAACUACUUCAUCGCCUCAUCGGCGAUCAUUGUCCUUCCGGUGAUGGCUGUGCCCAUGGCCACCACAACCCGGUCAGCUGGACUCUUGGGUGUCAACACACCUGCUCCUGCCCAGUUGACACCAGAUCCUGACACGCCUUUGGUGAUGCCGGACUGGAAUCCUAACAUUCCCAUUCCGAGGCCGGGCCCGGAUUCUCACAUGGCCAUACCGAUGCCGUACUGGGACCCAGACCCCCGUCCCGUGGACCCAUCUCCUCCGGCCAAGUUCACACCAUAUCGAGGCAAGCCCAUACCGACGCCGAACUUGGAGCCACUCCCUUACCCCAUGGAUCCAUCUCCAGUCCCCGAAGAUAAGCAGUACCAGUACAAAAACAGUCGCCAGCUCGUGCCCGGUCCAAUGCCCAGCCCUGAAGAGGAGGAGUGGCUCGACGAAGGCGAGUACUCGCCUUUUAUGACUCCGAACAUCGUCAUCGUCGACGGCAAGCCCGAGCCUGCGCCACCUGCAAUCCCGGAGUCGACAAUGUCUGCCCUGGCUCCCGUGCAACCACCAGCCAACCGCACCGUCGCAAGCCGUGAAGAUAUCGUAUCGACCUACAAAGGCUAUAUCGAUAACUGCGACGGGUGCCUGCUGCGGGGCAUCGACACGCUCUGGUGUGUUUGCAGGUCGACCAAGGGGCAGCGUGAUUCGGCUAUGAAGCAAGUGGAAUGCGAGGCCAACCUUGGCAGGAAGCUGGGGAACGCCGAUGGGAACCUUGUGUGGUCAUCUCUUGGUUAUCGGGACUCGUGUAGAAACUUUGCCCUCCGUCUAAGACGAUAUUACUAUGCCGAGUGCCCAGACAAGGACGGGGUGUGGAAGGAGACCAUGAUUGACCUCAAUGAGCAUAUUGGGAUUUAUGAUGACGGAAAGGAGCUCGCGCUGCAACUAGCAGAGUAG